AUGCCUCAGCAAAUAACAGAUCCAAGGCAGUUGGUGUCCGUGUACAAGAAGAACGGGUCUUUUGACAAGCAAAGAAAGCUGCUUUUAGAAAAUUUUAAGGCAUCAGAAACGCACGCUAAUUUGAUGCUCAAGUUGAAGUUGAUUGUGGAAGGGAAAGUAAAAUCAGAUCCAACUAUUCUCAUGAAAAACCGUGGUAAAGUAGGUGCUUUGAUUCAGGGAAGUAUUAUCCAGCAAAAAGCAGAGGAAGAAAAUAGUAUAUUGAGUAUUGUAGAUAACGAUAUCCAAGAAAAGAUCAUCGAUUCCCCCGAGUUCCAUAAGUUGUUGAAGAAAGAGUUGAAUGAUAUCAAGAGGAAACUGAUGGGCAUCAGCGAUGAACAGUGGGAAGCCAUGGAGAGUGAGAAGCAAGAAAGAAUGAAAAUAUCUACGCCGUCUCUCCCGGAAGCAUCCCAACAGGCAUCCUCGUUAGCUAAUGAUGAUGGUAAGUCAGCAGUAUCGUCACCAUCUACGUUUGGGGGUUACAAGCUCAAGCCUGAUAAAGUCAUCAAGGCGCCUAAAAUCAAAAUAAGUCAGUUGAAAUACUGA